UGACACUCGAACGUAAUAGAUAAAAAAAAACAGAACUACCAACAUAACCUGUGCAGUUGUCAAAACGUCAGAAAUCCAAAAAAAUUAACUGUCAUCACGUAACAAAUAAUCUAAACCAGAUAGAAAACAGACAAAAAAUAAAAAAAGUUUUUUUAGUCUGAAUGGAGUCCCAAUAAUAGCAGAAAACUGUUAUCAGUGAAAAGAAAAACAAAUCUUAAAUAACAUUUCCGAAUUUUCUGUAAUUAAUUCAAAACUAUUUUUGUUUAACGAAAAGUAGAAGAAAUAUUUAUUUUGUUGUGUUUUUGAUCGAAAAGUGAAGACAGUUGAAUUAUGGGAUUUGCUGCAUUGUGUUCGGCAUCAAAAUGCUCAAGAUUGACAAAAUCCGUGAUUAGCAAUUUUGUUGGUGCAUCAGCUGCUGUAUCACAUAUCAGACAACAACGACGAAAUGCUGGCAAGUGGUUUCCAGAUGAAGAAUAUAUUAAAUCAUACUCUGGAGUAGUACUUUAUCCUACUGAAGAAACGAAAUGGCUGAAACCAAUGUAUAAUGAGAAAGCAAUGUUUCCACCGCCACCAGAAAAAGCAGUAAGGAAUAUGAUUUUGAAUUUUGGGCCACAACAUCCAGCUGCUCACGGUGUACUUCGUUUGAUUCUAGAGUUGGAGGGUGAAACUGUCAUCAGAGCUGAUCCACACAUUGGACUUUUGCAUCGUGGUACGGAAAAAUUGAUUGAGUAUAAAACAUAUACUCAAGCCCUCCCCUAUUUUGAUAGAUUGGACUACGUAUCAAUGAUGUGUAAUGAGCAAUGUUAUUCAUUAGCCGUUGAAAAAUUGUUGAAUAUCGACGUUCCGAUCCGCGCCAAAUAUAUUAGAACUUUGUUUGCCGAAUUAACUCGUAUCUUAAAUCAUAUAAUGGCUGUGGGGACACAUGCUUUGGAUGUGGGUGCAAUGACACCAUUCUUCUGGUUGUUUGAGGAACGUGAAAAACUUAUGGAAUUCUACGAGCGAGUAUCAGGGGCUCGUAUGCAUGCCGCUUACAUCCGACCAGGUGGUGUUUCACUUGAUUUGCCGCUUGGUUUGAUGGAUGAUAUUUAUGACUUCGCAUCACGAUUUGGUGAACGCUUGGAUGAAACUGAAGAUCUAUUAACUAACAAUCGUAUCUGGAUUCAUCGUACAGUUGAUGUUGGUUGCGUCACCGCUGAAGAUGCUUUGAACUAUGGAUUCAGUGGUGUCAUGCUGCGAGGUUCUGGUAUUAAAUGGGAUUUGCGUAAAUCUCAACCAUAUGACGCAUAUGAUUUAGUCGAAUUCGAUGUACCAAUUGGAACUAAAGGCGAUUGCUAUGACAGAUACUUGUGCCGCGUAGAAGAAAUGCGUCAGUCGUUGCGUAUAAUCAACCAAUGCUUGAAUCAAAUGCCAUCUGGCGAAAUAAAAACAGACGAUGCCAAGAUUACCCCACCAACACGUGGCGAGAUGAAAGAAUCAAUGGAGGCAUUGAUCCAUCAUUUUAAAUUGUUCACACAAGGUUAUCAAGUACCACCCGGUGUAACGUAUACAGCUAUCGAAGCGCCAAAAGGAGAGUUUGGUGUUUAUCUCGUGUCAGAUGGAUCAAGUCGGCCAUACCGAUGUAAGAUUAAGGCGCCCGGAUUUGCACAUUUAGCUGCACUUGAAAAAAUUGGCCGUAAACAUUUAUUGGCUGAUAUUGUUGCAAUCAUUGGAACAUUAGAUGUUGUAUUUGGUGAAAUUGAUCGAUAGAUUCAGAAGCUCAACCAAAUGUAACUAAGAUAAACAAAUAAAUUAAAAACCAAAACCUCAUGUCAAUCAAGGUGGGGCGUUUUAUUCACAAUAAAAA